GCGCGUGCUCCCGCCCCUCGCCGCCGCUCCCUCGCUCGCCGGCCGGCGGCCUCGGCUCGGCCCCCUCCCUCAGCUCCCGUGCGCGGCGGCCGACGACCCGCGUGGCCUGGGCCUCGGCCCGCGCCACCGGCGUCCGCACGGAGCGGCCCGGGGGCCCUCACGCAGGCCCAUGGCGGCGGCCGCGGCGGCGCUCUCGGGCGCGGGCACGCCACCCGCGGGCGGCGGGCCCGGGGGCGGCGGGUCCCCGCCGGGCGGCUGGGCCGUGGCGCGCUUGGAGGGCCGCGAGUUCGAGUAUCUGAUGAAGAAGCGCUCGGUGACCAUCGGCCGCAACUCGUCGCAGGGCUCGGUGGACGUGAGCAUGGGUCACUCGAGCUUCAUCUCCCGGCGCCACCUCGAGAUCUUCACGCCCCCGGGCGGCGGCGGCGGCGGCCAUAGCGGGGCCGCUCCGGAGCCGCCGCCCGCGCAGCCCAGGCCCGACGCCGGCGGCGACUUCUACCUGCGCUGCCUGGGCAAGAACGGCGUGUUCGUGGACGGCGUGUUCCAGAGGCGCGGGGCGCCGCCGCUGCAGCUGCCGCGCGUGUGCACAUUCAGGUUCCCGAGCACAAACAUCAAGAUAACGUUCACUGCCCUGUCCAGCGAGAAGAGGGAGAAGCAGGAGGCGUCAGAGUCUCUGGUGAAGGCCGUGCAGCCGCACAUCUCACCCCUGACCAUCAACAUUCCAGACACCAUGGCCCACCUCAUCAGCCCUCUGCCCUCCCCUACAGGAACCAUCAGUGCUGCGAACUCCUGCCCCUCCAGCCCCCGGGGAGCGGGGUCUUCAGGGUACAAGGUGGGCCGAGGGAUGCCAUCUGACCUCAGUUUAAUGGCUGACAACUCACAGCCUGAAAAUGAAAAGGAAGCUUCAGGUGGAGACAGCCCGAAGGAUGAUUCAAAGCCACCCUACUCGUAUGCACAGCUAAUAGUACAAGCAAUUACAAUGGCUCCUGACAAACAGCUCACCCUGAAUGGAAUUUAUACACACAUCACUAAAAAUUAUCCCUACUAUAGGACAGCGGACAAGGGCUGGCAGAAUUCAAUUCGCCACAAUCUCUCUCUGAAUCGUUAUUUCAUCAAAGUACCGCGUUCCCAGGAAGAACCAGGCAAAGGCUCAUUCUGGAGGAUAGAUCCUGCCUCUGAAAGCAAAUUAAUAGAACAGGCUUUUAGGAAAAGACGGCCUAGGGGCGUGCCUUGCUUUAGAACCCCUCUGGGACCGCUCUCUUCUAGGAGUGCCCCAGCCUCUCCCAAUCAUGCUGGAGUGCUGUCUGCUCACUCUAGUGGCGCCCAGACCCCUGAGAGCCUGUCGAGGGAAGGUUCGCCGGCCCCCCUGGAGCCUGAGCCUGGCACCGCGCAGCCCAAACUUGCUGUCAUCCAGGAAGCCCGAUUUGCCCAGAGUGCACCAGGGUCACCUCUGUCCAGUCAGCCAGUCUUAAUCACCGUCCAGCGGCAGCUACCACAGGCCAUGAAGCCUGUCACCUACACUGUAGCCACCCCAGUGACCACCUCGACCUCCCAGCCACCCGUCGUGCAGACGGUUCACGUCGUCCACCAGAUACCAGCAGUGUCGCUCGCCAGUGUGGCUGGGCUGGCCCCAGCGAGCACGUACACUGUCUCUGGACAAGCCGUGGUCGCCCCUGCAGCUGUGCUGGCCCCUCCCAAGGCAGAGCCCCAGGAGAACGGAGAUCACAGGGAAGUCAAAGUGAAAGUGGAGCCUAUUCCUGCCAUUGGCCAUGCCACGCUAGGCACUGCUAGCCGGAUCAUCCAGACGGCACAGACCACCCCGGUCCAGACGGUGACCAUAGUACAACAGGCACCUCUAGGUCAACACCAGCUGCCAAUCAAAACUGUAACGCAAAACGGCACCCACGUGGCAUCAGUCCCCACCACGGUCCACGGCCAGGUGAACAAUGCAGCGGCAAGUCCUUUGCACAUGUUAGCGACGCAUGCGUCCGCGUCAGCCUCCCUGCCCACAAAGCGCCAGAACGGUGACCAGUCGGAGCAGCCGGAGCUGAAGCGGAUCAAGACCGAAGACGGCGAGAGCAUUGUCAUUGCCCUGAGUGUGGACACGCAACCGGCAGCUGUAAGGGAAAAGGGUGUCCAGAACUAGCGAACGGGAGCUUUUCUUCAACAGUAUCAACUUUGUGGUGCCAAAAGGAGACGUCGCCUCCCGCCAGCUCUCGGUGGGUGCAGGGCCCUGUGGUUGGACUUCACCUCUCAGCACUGAAAACACAAAACCCAGGUGGCCUUAAAACUCCUUAAUUUAAAGACAGAAGUCACACUUGAACAAAAACUGCACACAACAAAACCUGAUUUUGGAGACAGUGUCUCCCCCACCGAGCACCUGCUGGGCCGCUGCCUUUGGGCUCAUCUUUUACCUAUGAGCAAAACUCUCCAUCCUCCCAUGAGGACCAGACAUCACAUGUGGGGACGGCGCAGUCAGUACUAGGCCCUUGGGACAUGGGAGAGCCCUUCCCACCACCCUCACAGUACCCACCAGGCAGUGGAGAUGGUGUUCCGUUGCUCACAUAUGGAAUUAGAGUAUUUUGAGGUGUAGUUUCUUCACAGAAUCAUGGGGUCUUGGGCAUUUCACAUCACUCCAUUUCUACUCAGACUUUUGAAAUCACACAGGACCUUUCAGUGGAUUUCAUUUGGGGAAAAGAACGUAGGUUUUUGUUUCAGCCUAUGGAAUGAUUUCUUUUUGUCUGUCUUGUUAAAGUUCAGAUGAACUACUCUGUGGCACCUGCAUAUUUCCAUGUUACAGCAGCUGCCUGAUGAAUUUCAUCCACCUCCAUUUCAGCAUGUGGCUCGCGUGGACGGGUGGACAGACGCUGUGGCCACAUGGAACCCUGAGAGCCCAGGGCUGAACUGGUGCUGGGAAGGAACUGCCGGGACUCACCGAGCUGCACUUAACUGUUCUCUUUUGGCGAUUUUUUGUUGUUUCUUUGUGUUGACUGUCCCUGGCAAAAUUUUCCACUCUCAAAGUAAAACAAGUCUCCUAAGUAUUGUGUAUGUUUAAAACGACAGAACCAUUACUACUUCAUUUGGGAAAAAAGAUUCAGUCCUUUAUCCAGGCCCUUUUGAAACUAAGAUCCCAGGUCUCUCGUGGUGUGUAUGUGUGUAUUUUGGGUGUCCUCCUAGCUCUAGGCGCCCUAGAGCCGCCUGUUGCAUGGCAGAUUUCCCCAUCCACAGUGGAGUGGGGGACAUCUGGGCAUUUCCUGAUUUUUGGCAGGAAACGUCCUGACCUUUCGGAACUGAAGCCAGUCCUGAGGCUGACUCCUCUACAGAAGAUGAAAAGAGAGAGGGGGGGUGAGGGAAUGAGAGUGGGAGGCCCUGCACCUCCUCGCCUGGCUCCGCUUUCCCGAAGGAGCGAGUGUGCUGUGCUGUGCUGGCUGAGGGCCGAGGAGCAGUGCCCUUGGAGCAAGGGCGGCAGCCUGAUGCGGAGCUUUUUAAUGUCAUCAUCGUAACGUUAUUUAUUUAAAUGUAGUUAUUUUGGUAUUUAAUUUUUUUAGCGAGGAAAAAACCUGUAUUUUCCUGGUGGGAUGAAAUGGCUCAGAAUGGUAUAUUUAGGCAAUUUAAAAACUUAUUUACAUAAAGACCAAAUAUGAUGAAUCUGUUGGGUGAAUUGUGUGUGGCCCUCAGCAUGGGGCUGCGGCAGCGUCACUACUGUGAUGCACGUUGAAAUUACUGCACACUAGCUGGAUUAUAACUCAGCUGUUUAAGAAAUAAAAACGAAAGCAUCACGUGACUGAGACCGUGUGUGUGAGCGCAGCAGACUACAGCGUGUGGAGGGAGUGACCCUCGGUGCAGCCGUCUGCAUCUUCCAAGCACUUUACAGAUACCUUGGAAUGUAUAUUUUUGUCGUCUUACUCAGAAGGUUUGCAGUUUGUAAAAAUAAUUAGGAUUCUGCUGUGUCCUGUGUGGGGUCAUGACUCUCCACAGAGGGUCCAGCUCUCGGUCACAGCUGUGGGGUUCUCUGACAGGAGACCAGCUCUCGAGCAAGGUCACCAAGUGGGAGCGUGGCUUGGACACCAAGCGGAUGCGUCGUAUAUUCUGCUGGAGAUGUUUUUAUGCAGCUGUGUGUGGAGUCAGGUGGAUUCUCCCUGCGUAAGCUCAGUCCGUGAACUGGUGACUUCUGAUCCUGGAACAUGGACUUUAUGGGUCUGGAUCUGGAUCUUUUGGGAUCACAGGUAAGGAAAAUGCCCAACUCUAAAUGUUAAAGAAUUUUUCUUUUUUUGCUGUAGGCAGCAUUCUGCAUCUUGAACACAGACUCCAGUGUGCCUCUCGCAGAUGGGAGGCGUGCACACUCCUGUCUCCUCCUCACUGCCAUGUUCGCUUGGCUUUUUCAUGGGUACGUAGGAUUUAAGAAGAUCCAGGCGAGAAAGACUAGGUUAGCAGAUUCCACGCCCCAGGUCUUCUUGCCCGUCUUGGAGGCACUGUUUUUACACUUUGAGCUCUGAAUCCCCAGGAACUUGAGCACAGCAAGGGUCGCUGAGCUGCUGUCGCUGCAGUCCUGGCUCCAGUCCCUGGUGCUGGGGCUGCGGCACCCCCGAGAGGUCCUGUGUCGCCCUCAGCUGCGUCGCGGUGAACUCCCAGCUCUCCACUGUGUUCCUCCAUGUCUUACUUUCAGGAAGUCUCUGCUUUGACCUUUGCCAAACUUCUGAGCUCCUCAGGGACUAGACUUAAUUUCAGUAGCUUUGCCCUGAACCAAACGAGAAACAAACGGGAACUCAAGUGUGGCCCACGGUACAUGGUGCACUGAGUAUACGCCGCACGAUCCUCGGCUUGCUCUCCUCCCCCUGCAGUGGAGUGCGCCUGUGGACAGUUGGUCUCCUUCAGUCUCCUCCCCACUCCCAUCACUGUCCUCUGCUAGAAUAACAGAGUAGUUGGUAGUCAUGGCCAGGAGGGGGGAGGGGGGCAGUGUCAGGACUUGGGAUUUCUGUGCUAUGUGACGCAAGGAGAUGAGUGACAAUCUUCAGGUCCUAACUAACCACUAUUCCAGAAGGCAUAGUGGUGAUGUGUGUGCAAAGGUUUGAAAUUUUAAAAAAGUACCAAGUUCCUGAAAUUCAAUAAAAUAUUUUUAUUAAUUUUAA